AUGGAUGCCCGUGGCAUAUUUCGAGAUGAACGACGUGAUCGGCUUCGCAAAAAAACAAAAGUUGGAUUUUUCGAGGAUUAUUUCUUCAGAAGCGAAGUAACUGAUUAUAAGAAAUUGCGAUAUAUUGUUAAUGGAUUCAUUGGCGUGAUUGUUUGUACAUGCAUAUACUAUAUGGGAUGGAAACGAUUGAAUUUUGCUGACUUUCAUCCCAUAUACAGUAUACUGUUUCAAUGGGUUAUGAUAUUAAUGAUUGUUUUUGCAUUCUCUGCAAGUGCUAUGUUUCGAUGCGCACUGUUUUGCGUUCUACUAGGAUCUUUAGGAAAGAAUGGACAAGCUCCGCUCACCAUGAUGCUGUUCGACAAUCUACGCGAAGGACCUAUGGAAAACAUAAUAACAAACUACCGAUUGACAGCAGAAAUUAUUGUGUGUCAUUUAGAAUUGCAAGCCAAAAUAAUAUCUAAUAGAGUGUCAUUGUUUACAGGACCCUUAGAAGCUGUUCUGGAAACUCAAUUGAAUCGGGGUCUCAAAGUAUUGAAAAAAGCAACAUCAUUUGUACGAAGGCUUAUAGCUCCAUUUAUGAAUGAAAUAUCUCCUAAGUAUACGAAGGAAGAUGAAAUACUUGACAAGACGGAUAAACAGUUACAGAUUCUUGUCCGAAGACGAGCAUUAGGUGUGGCUACAGAUGAUGAAUUACAUUCAUUAACGGAGCUUGAAAUGAGAAAUAUAACAAACUCCCAACCAUUCUGGUCUCGCUUCAAGACAGACAUCGGAAGAAGAAUAGCGCAUAGAAUGUCAAAAAAAUGCAAUGAUAUAUUCUCCAAAGGAGUUGAGACAUGUAGGGAAGUUUUUCUUGGAGUCGAAAACAAGUGUUAUGACACUCUACCAUUUAUAAUCAACUUUCUUGUGUGUAAGCGGCUGAAUAUGGAAUCUGCUUGUCAGGAUAUUGAUAGAAGACGAAAAUCAUUCAAAUUGUGUCAAAGUCAUUUAGAAUCAUCAAACAUUGGUUCGGCUAUGGAAGCAGACAUUUUGGAAGUAGCUAACCUAACUACUGAAUUAGAUCGGGAAGCAGCUGUUAAUAUUCAUAUGGUUGGAAUAGAAAAUCCCCGUGUCGAAUUCAUUUAUAGUAUUAGUGAAAUAUCAUUGAUGGUUCGUCAUACUGCUGCUCAUGCAAAGGCAAGUCACAAGUACUAUUGA